GUAGAAAGCGACUACAAUCGGAUUGCUUUACACGCGAGUCCACCUAGAUUGCAUCGUAGUUUGUUGAUUGGAAUAGAAACUCUGUUGCGUGACCGCGCAUUUGAGUAUUAAUUUACAUCUAGCCAGACGUCGACCCACCUAGCUUUAGCAAUCAUGGAAAACGUUAGAUCAAAAAGCCCGCCAUCGCAUCGCUCAGCGCGCGCUUUCCCUGCGCGCAGGAAAAGUCAGCCAGGUGGCGUGAGCAAUGUAGUACUACAGUGUCAUCAUUUUAAGAAUAAACAUUUGCUAUUCGUAUCUUCAAAAGUCAGAUUCGCGCGCUGUAGUUACUUGUUUUUCGCUAGUUGCUUUCCCCUCUACAAUGCGGCCGCAGGAUCCUCUUACUUGAGAAGAGGAGCAGAAUUACAUGCCAAUACUGGAACAUCAGGAGGGAUGAACUCAAGCUAUACACAAGAGGAACAACGAGAAGAAAAUGGAAGUGCGAAGAUCAUCGCGGCUCAGCCACCUGUCAUUGCUCCACCACCCGAAGUAGAGAGCAGCACUGCGCUGCUUGAUGAUGCUGCCACUCGGACGAAGGAGCAGGCCUACUUGCGCAGAACUACAGAAGCAAGGAUGAUAAAAGCAACGAGUACAUCAACAACCGCUAAAGAGAAUAGGAAACGCCACGACCGUCGCCGUUCGUUCCUGCAGCAGACCGCUAAGCAGAAGCGCGAGAAGAAGGAGACUUGCAGCGGAAACAAUGCGGUUUACUACGGCGGAGAUGGUAGAAGUACUACAACGUCCGGACAGUUGUCUGCUAGCGCCGUCGGCGGGGGUUCAAGUACUAGUAACUCCGGUCGUGGCGCGGCGGAAUUUAGUAUGAGUGGGCGUGGCAAUAAUGCCUCGCCUCCUGCGAACCGUGGUAGCAGCAGCAGCAGCAGCUUUGGGAGUGGUGGAACUUCUGUAACGGGCAUGAUGACCUCAGGAGCCAACUACAUCGAUGGCAGAGCCUCUCCGGACGCGCAGCAAGGGGGACGAGUUGGUGUUCAGCAACAGAGUACGAUUCUCCCCCUGCAGGACGAGGAGUUGAGCUACAGACCGCCCGGCUGCGACCAGACGAAAAAAAACAAGCGGGUCCCGAACCAGAACAACAUCAAAGGCGUGUUUCUGCACCUGGCCGACUGGGGAUUUUCCGUUGACCACAGGCACCCCGGCUCGGCGCAGUGCCAGAUGGACAUCGGGAGGCUGGCGCUGCAGUACCUCCAGGAGAACGACCUGCUUCCUAUUGCAAUGAAAAAUGCCACCACCCCAAAAUUUGCAAAAGUUUCUGAUGCAAAACUUUCCAAGUGAAAACUUUUUGUCUUGCAUGAAAGGACUCCGAGUCUUUCUGAUGCAGAAUCUAGGCGAGUAAGGCACCUUUUACAUGACAGGCCCGGCUGCUGCUGGGCUCUUGCGCAACACAAAUUUAAGCCAUGCAGCAUGGCAAAUUUGUGAUGCUGAUAUAUGCAAGACGCGCAAUGUUUCUACUGGAAAGGCUUGCAAUACAAAUGCUGCUAAGUUCAGGGGUGGGGCAUUUUUCACUGUAAUACUUCCGUACUUGAAAUUUGUCGUGUCCACCGGUGACAACGUGUACGACGGGGUCCGGCAGUCCAGCGGCCGCACCCUGCAGUCGGUUUGGAAGGACCGCUACCCGGCGGAACUGACCUGCGUCCCCUGGUACGCCGUCUUGGGGAACCACGACUACGGGCACUGGAAUUACGCCACCUGCUACCCCUACGCCAGCUCGGACAACUGCGGCCAGGUGAACGGCAGUGAGGAGGUAUGCGGAGCACAUAAGAUGUGGUCUUCUGGGUCGUAGGGAAAAGAAGUAGUCGUGCAAGGCGACUUCCUUGCUGUGAGAUGUAACUGCGAAACGACCAACCGGCUUCUGCGCGAGCAGGAUGGCCGCCAUGUUGAUAUUGCUUUUGUAAGUAAAAUCAACUUGCUACAUAUUGGUUUGCUAGUUACCAGCGAGUCGGCGGUGGUGCAUAAUUGGAGAUUUUUUUAUAUAGUUUUGCAAUUUCCACCGGUCGAGAGUUGGUGUUCGCUAUCUACAAGGCAUAUGUACUAUGAAGGAAAAUUUGUCCAAUAUGCAUGUUGCUGCAACAAGAACGAGAGACCAAAUCAAGCAUUUCAUCACCCUGCUUUUUUCCCCGAUCGUCCCCGAGGCACCAUUUUUGCGCUCCAUAAAAGUACGUUCUAUCGGAGAAAUCCUGCACGAAAAGUGGCACCAGCAACGGCGCGCCCGUGCCCGACUGCUGGGCGCUGCCGAGGCCCAACUACCGCGUGACGGCCUGGGAAGAGGAGCUCGGCAUCCGCAUCCUGGCUACCGACGGCUCGCACCGGUGGCGGGAGCGGUACCCGUUCGAGAGCGGGAAGUUUUACGACCGGGAACGGCAUCUGGGGAAGUUACUGGACGAGGGAAUCGAUCUGAUUCGCAACGAAGACGUGGACGCAGCGCGGAACCCGAAUUUGCAAACGCUGUUGGUUUUGAACCACUGGACGUAUAACAACCCCGACGAGGGCAUCGCAAAAGAGGUGUACGCGGACCCGUUGAGAAGUCUGCAGGACCAGAACGAAAGCUUGAACAUCGUCUAUCUCCAUGGACACUACCACGACACGGAGGACCCCCGGUCCAUCACCAGUUUCGCGGACGGCGGCCCGAUCAAGCAUUAUGGGGCCGGCGGGAGCGGGGGCUACUGCAACGACGAGUGCCAGAACGGGAAGGUGGGCGUGAUUUUUGGCUUGGUGAAAACGGACAACACGAUCGAAUUCGUGCGCGUGCCCGACGUGGGCACGCGGGUGGACUCGUGCAACGGAAAGCAGGGGUAGCUGCUCACUACGAGACGGAAAAAGUACUUAUAUGUUGUGCGUGUUGAAAAAAAGUAGUAGACUGCCCGGGACCUCCUGCUCGACGACCGACCGGGACGUCGUCUCCGCUGCAAAAGCGACUCGUUUCGGCGGAUUUUUUCGAAAACAAACCGGGAAGGUACUAGUCGAGGGAUUCUGGUAAGAAGUGCAACGACAUGAUCUAGGGCUAGUCUUGUCCUUUUCAUCAGCGCCUAUUCCGUAGGUGUACAACAUCGCAUACCAUAGUGAUAGUACGCAAGUUAUUUCAAGACGGGCGUGAAGAUAUCUUGUCGGCGCAGUGCGAUGAUUGUGCGAAGACGGCAAAGGAUCUUUUGCCCAUUUGUCCGGAGUCAAGAAAUGGAGUGCGUAAGAAAGUAGUUCCUCCCCUACCUCUGCUACGGUG